AUGGACAUCAAAGAAUAAUAUGCCUAGUACACUCAAAAAAAUUACACAGCCAAUGUGUUUAAAGUAGGGGAUCACAAUUUCAUAUUGGAUAAAAGGUACAAUCCCACAAACCAAUUGGGAAGUGGAGCCUACGGAGUGGUGUUGCAAGCAGAUGAUUUGAAGGCUCCUCCUGAAGGGCCUAAGAAAGUGGCAAUAAAGAAAAUCGAGAAGACUUUUUAACACCGUUUUUAUGCUAAACGUACUUUGAGAGAAUUGAAAAUAUUGAGGAAUCUUAAACAUGAAAAUAUUGUUAAUUUAAUCACGAUUGCUUUGCCCAAAUCCAGAGUAUCAAUGAAUGACAUUUAUUUGGUUACAGAAUUAUUAGAUACUGACUUACGUAAAGUUUUGGAAAGAGAACAUGCAAAAUUAACAGAAGAUCAUUAUAAGUUAUUUCUGUAUCAAAUCUUGAGGGGAAUUAAAUAUAUGCAUUCUGCCAAUAUUUUACAUAGAGAUUUAAAGCCAAGAAAUAUCCUCUUAAAUAAAGAAGAUUGCAUGUUAAAAGUCUGCGAUUUUGGUUUGAGCAGAGCAUUGCUCAGUCAAGGACUCAAUGGCUAGAAUCCAAAUGUGAUGACUGAUUAUGUGGAAACUAGAUAUUAUCGAGCUCCUGAAUUGCUUCUAGGAUUGAAACAAUACACCAAGGCUGUAGAUAUGUGGUCAGUAGGUUGCAUUUUUGCUGAAAUUGUACGUGGCAAAGCACUGUGGAGAGGAGCAUCUGCAGAAUCUUAAUUAAAAUUAAUAUUUGAAACUAUGGGAACUCCAAAUAAACAAGAUAUCAAGAAUUAUAAAGAUCCUUUCUUCUAACAAAAGAUGUUAGAAGCUGUGGUUCAUUUGGGAUAAUUUUAGAAAGUUCCACUGGACAAAAUCAUCAAAGGAAUUUCUCCUCAAGGGUAUGAUUUAUUAGAAAGGCUACUGGAUAUCGAUUUCACUAAAAGAAUUACAGCAGAUGAAGCAUUGGCUCACCCUUAUUUCGAGGAUCUUCAUUCUCCAGAAGAUGAGCCAUAUCGUCAACCAGUGAGUGACAAAGAAUUUGAAUUUGAAUUGUAUGAGUUAACCACAGAAUAAUUAAAAGACAUGGUUUAUGAGGAAAUACUAUUAUAUCAUUUCCCUGAUUUUAGAAAAGAAUAUGAAAGAAAAAUUGCAGAAAAUGAAAGUGUUAUUAAACAUAUCUUAACAGGAUAAAGUGCAAGGUUAAUAGAUCCAUUAGCAGAUGAUGAUUUUCCUGAUUUUUAAUGAUAAACAUUGUUAAUCUUUCAUGAAACCUCUUUUA